AUGGCGCACACGUAUAAUAUCGACACAGGGGCGUGGAUCCAGGAUCCCACAGAAGGAUGGGUCUCCUCCAAGGUGGUCUCCAAAAACAUAACUGGAACAACAGCCACCUUGGUGUUUGAAAUCACUCAUGGUGAUCGGUUUGGAGAGAGAAUCACUAAAACCACAUCUCUUGUUGUGCUCGAAGGCAAUGAAGAGGAUAAGGAUCUUCCGCCGUUAAUGAACCCUCCCAUUCUUGAGGCAUCAGACGAUCUUACCAGUUUAUCACAUCUGAAUGAGCCUGCAGUCUUGCAAGCCAUCAAACUUCGAUAUGCAAAGCGUGAGAUUUAUACCUAUUCCGGUAUUGUCCUCAUUGCGACAAAUCCGUUCGAUCGAAUGGACUAUCUAUAUGAUCCAGGUCUUGUACAGGCGUAUGCCGGGAAAAGGCGUGAGGAUCAGGACCCUCAUCUAUUCGCAAUCGCUGAUACUGCUUACCAGGCAAUGGUUCGGGAUGAUAAGAAUCAAACCAUCGUUGUUUCGGGAGAGUCUGGUGCUGGUAAAACAGUCAGCGCGAAAUAUAUCAUGCGAUACUUUGCUACUGUCGAAGACCCAAGUCGACCUGGCAAGCGGAAGAAGGGCGCGGCGGGGGAAACCAUGAGCAAAACGGAGGAGCAGAUUCUUGCUACCAAUCCAAUCAUGGAAGCUUUCGGUAACGCGAAAACUACCCGUAACGACAACUCAUCCCGUUUCGGAAAGUAUAUUGAGAUUCUAUUCGACAAGAACAUCGACAUUGUGGGAGCCAAGAUUCGGACGUACUUGCUCGAGAGAUCUAGAUUGGUUUAUCAACCAGCAACCGAGAGAAACUACCAUAUCUUCUAUCAGUUGAUUGCUGGAUCUACAGAAGAGGAGAGAAAAGCUUUGGGUCUUGGCGCUGUUGAGGAUUACGCCUAUCUGAACCAAGGAGGAGACCCACACAUUCCACAUGUCAAUGAUGCUGCCGAGUUCAAGGAUACCCGUUCCGCUCUUGGAACGAUUGGUGUUCCUGAGAUCACUCAAUCCCGUAUAUGGAAGGUCUUGGCAGCCUUACUACAUCUUGGUAACACAAAUAUUGAAGCUGCCCGAGGUGGAUCUAUACUUUCUGGUACAGAACCAUCGUUAGUCAAAGCUUGUGAGCUUCUCGGAGUUGAUAACGAAGAAUUCGCCAAAUGGACUACAAAAAAGCAAUUGGUUAUGCGAAACGAGAAGACUGUUUCUCCCUUGAGUCAGAAACAGGCACUUGUCGUCCGUGAUUCUAUCUCCAAGUUCAUCUAUUCGAGUUUGUUUGACUGGCUCGUGGAAACCAUCAAUGCCGGAUUGGCUACGGAAGAGGUUCGGGAGAAGGUCAAGUCCUUCAUUGGUGUAUUGGAUAUCUACGGUUUUGAGCAUUUCAAGCGCAAUUCUUUCGAACAGUUUUGUAUCAACUAUGCGAAUGAAAAGCUACAACAGGAAUUCAACCAGCACGUCUUUAAGCUGGAGCAGGAGGAGUACGCGAGAGAGCAAAUCAACUGGGCAUACAUCGAGUUCUCUGACAAUAGGCCAUGUAUCGACUUGAUUGAAGGAAAACUGGGUGUACUUUCCCUUUUGGACGAGGAAUCUCGUCUUCCUGCAGGGACGGACGAAAGUUUUGUCAAUAAGCUUCACCAAAAUUUCGGUACCGGCAAGCCCAAGGAUUUCCCUUAUCAGAAGCCUAGAUUCGGAAAGUCUGCUUUCACAGUGUGUCACUACGCUGUCGACGUUACGUACGAUUCUGAGGGAUUCAUCGAGAAAAACAGGGAUACGGUGCCAGAUGAGCAUCUGGAACUUCUGAGAGCCUCUACAAACCCCUUCCUCACAGAGGUUCUUCAGGCCGGAUCAACAGUCAGGGAUAAGGAGAUAUCUACCCCAGUCAAGCCGGGUGCUCCUGCUGCCGCCCCCGCUCCACCCGGAAGAAGAACUGGUGCCACUGUCCGAAAGCCAACUUUGGGUGGUAUAUUCAAGUCUUCGCUUAUUGACCUCAUGAGCACUAUUGGUGGCACUAAUGUCCAUUAUAUCCGUUGUAUCAAACCGAACGAAGCAAAGGUAGCGUGGAAGUUCGAAGGUCCCAUGGUUCUCAGUCAGCUUCAAGCCUGUGGUGUACUGGAAACUGUAAAGAUUAGUUGCGCUGGUUACCCGACCCGAUGGACAUAUGAGGAAUUUGCUAGCCGCUAUUAUAUGUUGAUUGAGUCAGAUAAGUGGAAGUCGGGAAGUAUUCGGGACGUUGGGCUCUGUAUUCUGCAGAAGACAAUUCCGGCGGAGGGUCAUCCAAAGGAUGGGCAAAAAGAUGGUAAAGACAAGUUCCAAUUGGGAAUGUCAAAGAUCUUUUUCCGUGCCGGCAUGCUGGCAUAUCUGGAGAACAUGAGAACGAGUCGGUUGAAUGAAUGUGCUGUCUUGAUUCAGAAGAAUUUGAGAAAGAAAUACUAUAGGCGUAAGUACUUGGAAGCUCGUGCUUCGAUACUGCACGUCCAAGCAUGGUCAAGGGGGUAUCUUGCUCGCAAGGAGGCGCAAGAGAUGCGUACUGUCAGAGCUGUUACUACAAUCCAAAGGUUCUGGCGCGGCUCAAAGGAACGUAAGGCCUACCACAAGAUACGCGACAACGUGAUCGCAUUGCAAGCUGUGGCCAAGGGUUACCUCACGAGGAAGAGUAUCACAGAUCGGAUAAUCGGAAACGCUGUAAGAUAUAUUCAAAAGGCUUGGCGAUCAAGGCGUUUCUUGAAAGCCUGGAGAACCUAUCGAAAGAGGGCUAUCUAUAUUCAAAGUAUUUGGCGGGGUAAGCUUGCUCGACGUCAAUAUAGGACGAUGCGCGAGGAAGCACGUGACCUUAAGCAGAUAUCGUACAAGCUUGAAAAUAAGGUUGUUGAGCUUACCCAAACGGUAGGAAAGCUCAAACAAGACAAUAAGGCACUACUGGAAAAGGUAGAAAGUUUCGACAACCAGGUCAAGAACUGGCGAACAAAGCAUGCGACGCUCGAGAACCGCAACAAGGAGCUGCAGUUAGAAGCCAAUCAAGCUGGUAUCGCUUCAGCCCGGUUGUCACAAAUGGACGAGGAGAUGAAGGCUCUGCAGCGCCAAUUUGACGAGUCAACGGCAAACAUGAAGAGGUUACAGGAGGAGGGCAAGUCCUUGCGCGAGGCCCUGUCCAACAGGACAUCAGAACUCGACCUUGCUAAGUCUCGAGACCAAGCACACGAGGACGAGAAGACGACUCUCAGGCAACAGAUCCAGGCAUUAGAAGAUCAACUUCAGCAUGCUGGUCCACCGAUUGAGGAGAACGGUGUAUCAGAGAAACCUGCAGGUGGCCUUGCCAACGGACUCAUCAAUUUUGUGUCGAAUAAGAAGCCAAAAAGACGCAGUGCUGAUGUAAGUGGCGCAACUGGGAGGUUUGAGGGCGAUGGGAUGUAUCGGUCCUCGUACCAGACUCGCCCUGUUUCAAUGAUGCCCCAAUCUGUGCCUAUGCGACACCGGGACGCGGAGGCAAUGACCUUUAGUCCCGUCGAGAAUCAUGAGUUCGAGUUGCACAGGAUACUUGAGGAUGAUGAAGGGCUCAGUGAUGAGGUUGCCGUUGGCUUGGUAAGGAACCUCAAGAUCCCACAGCCUAACCCGACAACCCCGCCUUUGGAGAAGGAGGUCCUGUUCCCGGCCUAUAUCAUCAAUGUGGUUACGUCUGAGAUGUGGAACAAUGGGUUUGUCAAAGAAUCUGAGCGCUUUUUGGCAAAUGUCAUGCAAUCGAUACAGCAUGAAGUUAUGGCCCACGAUGGAGACGAUGCCAUUAACCAAGGUGCAUUUUGGCUCUCAAAUGUCCACGAGAUGCUAUCUUUCGUCUUCCUUGCCGAGGACUGGUACGAGAUGCAGAAGAAGGAUGAUUUCGAGUAUGACCGACUGCUGGAGAUUGUCAAGCAUGAUUUGGAGAGUCUUGAGUUUAAUAUCUACCACACAUGGAUGAAGGUUCUUAAGAGGCGAUUGCACAAGAUGAUUGUCCCAGCGAUCAUCGAGUCACAGUCACUUCCCGGCUUUAUCACAAACGAUGGCAACAGAUUCUUGAAUAAGUUCUUGCAAACAUCAAGUACACCUGCGUACAGCAUGGACGACCUGUUGAGUCUUCUGAACAAGAUCUACAAGGCGCUCAGGGGGUACUAUAUUGAGGACUCAAUCAUUACUCAAGCAGUCACCGAGCUCUUGAAACUUGUAGGAGUUACGGCGUUUAACGACCUACUAUUGAGAAGGAACUUCUUGUCAUGGAAGCGUGGGCUGCAGAUUAACUACAACAUCACUCGUAUCGAAGAGUGGUGCAAGAGCCACGAUAUGCCCGAGGGAACACUCCAGUUAGAGCACCUGAUGCAAGCCACGAAACUCUUGCAGCUCAAGAAGGCAACACUCAGUGAUAUCGAGAUUAUCCAAGACAUCUGCUGGAUGCUAUCGCCGAAUCAGAUUCAGAAGUUGCUCAAUCAAUAUUUGGUGGCUGACUAUGAGCAACCUAUCAAUGGGGAGAUCAUGAAGGCUGUUGCAUCAAGGGUCACUGAGAAGAGUGAUGUGCUAUUAUUGCAGGCCAUUGAUAUGGACGAUAGUGGUCCCUACGAGAUCGCAGAGCCUAGACAGAUCAGCGCACUUGAGACAUACCUUCCAUCGUACCUGCAGACAUCCCGCCUAAGACGUCUCGCAGACAUUGUUUCUGCGUCAGCACAGGCACGCGCGGACCAAGCCGCACGGGAAGAGAUGAUGUCUAUUAAGACCACCACCACCACCACCACUGCCGCCGGUCUUGCCGGUGCACGAGUAAUGAAUAACCUUUGCUUUUGA